UGAAAGUCAAACACCUUUCAACAACUCUUCCUGAUUUAUCUCCUUCUCUUCUCGCCGACCGGCAUUCGCCCUUUCUAUUCUGCUCCUGUAUAGAUACGCUGAUAAAAAUACGACAUUCACUCGUACGGCACUUGGCCCAGGCCCCGGAACUCUUCAUUCAUAUCUCGUCCAACAGCGCAACUCUCAUUAUCCAAAAACCGACAUACGUAUAUAGACAUCCACUCGCCUCCUUCCCCGAGACGUCGCCUCACCACCUUCACCACCCUCUCAGGACUACCCUUCCUGGAUCUAUAACCAGCCAUGGCGACUCCAGCAGCAACAAAGCGCCUCACAAAGGAAUACGCUGCAAUCUCCAAAUCGCCACCGCCCUACAUCAUCGCGCACCCUUCCGAAAAGAACAUCCUCGAAUGGCACUACAUCCUCACCGGCCCGCCGGACACACCGUACGAAGGCGGACAGUACUGGGGUACGCUCAUGUUCCCCCCCGACUACCCCUUCGCUCCCCCCGCAAUCCGCAUGCACACCCCUUCCGGCCGCUUCCAACCGAGCACACGGCUAUGCCUAAGCAUCUCCGAUUUCCACCCCAAGAGCUUCAACCCGGCAUGGGAGGUCAGCACUAUCCUAACCGGACUACUCAGUUUCAUGACGAGCGAGGAGAUGACAACGGGGAGUGUUAGGGCAAGCGAGCAGGAGAGAAAGUUGUUCGCUCAGCGGACUAGAUGGUGGAAUAGCACAGGCGGAGGCUCGAAGCAAACAAUUCAGCAGCAAGGAAGCUCAAACAGCAAAGGGUUCGGCGCUAUCAAAGCCGGCGAUGGUGGCGCAAAGUUCAGACUAGAGUGGCCGGAGCUCGACGAAGAGAACCUCAAGUGGAUGAAGGAGAAGAGGAUAAAUCCACAGACCGGGCUCACGAUGCCAGUGACUCCACAGCCGCACUGUUCAGCCGAAGCCGCUGGACUGGUGCGUCGACCGAACGGGAGUGGUAAUCGUGUUGGCGCUGUGGUCCAGGAUGGACUGGUUGUUAGGGAUGCUGGACAGAGUUGGGUGAGCAGGAACAAGUGGCGACUCGUCUUCGGCGCUCUCUUCUCGUACAUUCUCGUCGCGAGAAUGUUGGGCGAUGGCGCAUUGCAGAGCUCCGCCUAGGGUCUUCUCAUUCGCCUCCACAAUUCAUCAAUUUACUAUAAUCCCAACCUUGUCAUGACGGUGUAUUUGGAGUUUUAUCCAGGGUUGCAUUGACAUAGAACGUAUAUCAUUACGUUUUCAGGAAUGCAUGGUUUCACGGCGCGAAAGGACUUCGAUCAAGCCUGGUUAUUUGCAAAGUCUGGCGUUUUUCUGCUUCCCUAUAUCUCUUUAAGCCGCGCUACUUCGCGAAGUAUAUGUCGCUAGAAACAAACUAGAUUUUAAUACGUUGUUUGAGGGUCGAAUUCAUACUACAUAUUCACCUAGGUACAUUGAACACAAUCAUUGGUUUCAAA